AUGGAGGUAGAUUCGGAAGGAAGGAUGGGUAAUGUUUUCUGGUCAGAUGCAAGGUCAAGACGAGCUUAUGGAUUUUUUGGAGAUGUGGUGGUAUUUGAUACGACGUUCAACACCUGCUAUGAAUUCAAGAAAGCCAUGCCAGGUGAGCCACCCAAAAUGAUCAUCACUGAUCAAAAUGCAGCAAUGUCAAAGGCAAUUGUUGUAACUCUCCCAACAACAUUCCAUAAAUAUUGCAUAUGGCAUAUCUUGAAUAAGUUUACAGAGAAACCCGGCAUUGGAGAAUGUUUUUCGAAAAUGUGCAAAUGCAUAUGGGGUAUGGACACAAAUGAAGAAUUUGAUGCGAAAUGGGAGAUCACAAACAAUGGCCAGAAAGACCAUCCGUGGCUGAGCUCAAUUCAUGCUAUGCGGGAGAAUUGGGUUCCAUCAUAUGUAAAACAUGUGUUUUUGGCUGGGAUGUCAAGUAGUCAACGGGCCGAAAGCUGUCAUUCAUUUUUCAAACAAUAUAUUAACUGGAAAAACACAUUGAUGGAAUUCAUUGUAUGUUUUGAAAGAGCUCUUGGUUUACAGAGACACAAGGAGUUAAUGGCUGAUCAUGUUGAUAACAAUGAAAAACCUACACUGCCAUUUCGAACACCAAUUCAACAUCAAAUGACACGCAUUUACACUCGGGCAAUUCUUGAAAUGUUUGAGAGGGAAGACUUUAGAAGUCUUUUAUGCUUGUUCGAACUUAUAGAGCAAGAUGAGACGCGCUGCAAAUACAAAGUAAGUGAGCGGGUAAAUCCGGGGGUGACACGGAUGAAGGAGCUUGUGCAUGAUAAAGAUGCCGAUAAAGCUUAUUGCAGCGGCAAAGGAUUUAAAUUUUGGGGUAUUUCGUGCCGACACAUCCUAGCAUUCUUAAGAAUGAAGCAAGUUGAGCACUUGCCAAACAAUACAUAUUGA